CUGAUAGGCAGCACUGAUGUGCAUUGAUAGGCGGCACUGACUGGCACUGAUAGGCAGCACUGAUAUGUGGCACUGACUGGCAUUGAUAGGUGGCACUGAUAGGUGGCACUGAAAGGCAGCUCAGAUGGGCACUUAUAUGUGGCAUUGAUGUGGCACUGAUGGGCACUGACAGGUGGCACUACUGGGGCUACACUGAUCAUCAGGGCACACUGAUUAUCAGUGCCCUGCGGCUCUCCACUCCUCUCUGUCAGCGUGACAGCUCCGCACCACUG